UGGUAGGGGGCAGCGGAGCUGGUCACUUUUCUGCUGCUUCACCAGAUUUAGAUCGAACACAAGAGACGCGCUCAACGAGGAUAACGUUUUUCUUUCGGGAUUUUUUUCCCCGUUUAUUUGGCUGUUAUUUCACAGACUGAAGAGCUUUAUUUGUUUCUCUGAGGGGACUGAGCAGCAGGAGAAAUUUGCUUUAAGUUAACGGAGGAGAAAGUGUCCCCCCUCCCUCUCUCGGUGCCAGCACGGCAGAUAGUCGCUGCUUCAUCACUGGGAUCUGAACGAGGAGAGCUAGCUUACUGCUCCUGUAUGUUGCCUCGGCUAUAACACCUCUGCUGCGCGAUGGACCUGAAGCUGAUCUUGAUGACAUUUUUAGUCUUUUAUGCCUGUAAUGCACAGAAAGAGGGGAAUGAGUGCAUCAGUGCUACGGCAAGAUACUGCGGACAGUGCAUCCAGGCUGGAGCCAAAUGUGGCUGGUGUACAGACCCGGAUUUCCUAAAACAGGGUGAAACUGUGUCAGCCCGAUGUGAUGAGGUGGAGUCUCUAAAGAAAAGGGGCUGUGGCAAAGCAUUGAUUGAGAGCCCACACGGUGGACAGAAAGUCCUCAAGAACAAGGCCGUUACAAACCGCAAGAAAGUUACGGAGCAGAGCCGCAGAGAGAAGUUAAAGCCAGAGGACAUCACUCAGAUCCAGCCCCAGAAAAUCACCCUCACCCUCCGAUCUGGAGAGCCCCAGACUUUUCCCUUGAAGUUCAAGCGGGCUGAAGAUUACCCCAUUGACCUGUACUAUUUGAUGGACCUGUCCUACUCCAUGAAGGAUGAUCUGGAGAAUGUUAAGAACCUGGGGACCAGUCUCAUGUUGGAGAUGUCAAAGAUUACUUCUGACUUCAGGAUAGGUUUUGGAUCCUUUGUGGAGAAGACCGUCAUGCCGUACAUCAGCACCACCCCGGCCAAGCUGCUGAACCCAUGCACAGGUGACCAGAACUGCACCAGUCCGUUCAGCUACAAGAAUGUGCUGAAGUUGACCAGCGACGGCCAGCGAUUCAACACCCUGGUGGGCCAGCAGCAGAUCUCUGGAAACCUGGACUCUCCGGAGGGGGGCUUUGAUGCCAUCAUGCAAGUGGCUGUGUGUGGGGAACAGAUCGGCUGGAGAAAUGUGACCCGUCUGCUGGUGUUCUCCACCGAUGCUGGAUUCCACUUUGCUGGAGAUGGCAAACUGGGUGGCAUCGUACUGCCUAAUGAUGGAAAAUGUCACUUGGAGAACGAUGUUUACACAAUGAGUCAUUAUUAUGACUAUCCCUCCAUCGCUCACCUUGUUCAGAAGCUGAGUGACAACAACAUUCAGACCAUCUUUGCUGUUACAGAAGAGUUCCAGCCUGUUUAUCAGGAGCUGAAAAAUCUGAUCCCAAAGUCUGCAGUGGGCACUCUGUCUGCAAACUCAAGCAAUGUAAUCAACCUCAUCAUCAAUGCUUACAAUUCUCUCUCUUCAGAGGUCAUUCUGGAGAACAGCAAGCUUCCAGAGGGGGUGACCAUAGCGUACAAAUCCGUCUGCAAGAAUGGAGUGGUUGGUGAGGGUGAAAAUGGACGGAAAUGCUCCAACAUCUCCAUCGGAGAUGAGGUCAUGUUUAAUAUCAGUGUCACUUCAAAGGGCUGUCCAAAGGACGGUAAGUCUGAGACCAUUAAGAUAAAGCCCCUGGGAUUCACCGAGGAGCUGGAGGUUGUCCUUAACUUCAUCUGUGAGUGUGAAUGCCACAAAAAAGCCAUUGAGAACAGUCCAGACUGCCACUUUGGUAAUGGGACCUAUGAAUGUGGAGCGUGCAAAUGUAACGAGAACCGCGUGGGCAGAAACUGUGAAUGCAGCAGCAACGACGUGGCCACGGAGGACAUGGAUCGAACCUGUCGCAAAGACAACGGGACGGACAUCUGCAGCAACAACGGAGACUGUGUGUGCGGCACAUGCGAAUGCAAGAAGAGAGACAACCCAGAGGAGAGGUACAGCGGCCAGUACUGCGAGUGUGACAACUUUAACUGCGACCGCUCUGGAAACAAGCUGUGUGGUGGCCAUGGACGCUGUGAAUGCAGGGUGUGCAUCUGUGACCCCAUGUGGACAGGAAGUGCCUGCGACUGUUCUCUGGACUCUAGAAGCUGUAUGGCCAGCAACAAGCAGAUCUGCAACGGAAGAGGGACGUGUGAAUGUGGGACUUGCAAGUGUACAGACCCCAAAUUCCAGGGUCCCACAUGUGAAACCUGUCCUACCUGUCCAGGAGUCUGCCCUGAGCACAAGGAUUGUGUUGAGUGUCGGGCUUUUGGCACCGGUGAGAAGAAAGAGGAGUGCAAGGAGAAGUGUGAUUACUUCAAAAUGAUGAAAGUGAAGGACAGAGGCCAGCUGCCCCAGCCCAACACGGCCUCCUACCCCGUCAUGCACUGCAAGGAGAGGGAUGCCAACGACUGCUGGAUCUACUACACAUACGCCAUCAAUAAUGACACAGAAACAGAGGUCCAUGUGGUGGAAAAGCCCGACUGCCCCUCCGGUCCUGACAUCAUCCCCAUCGUGGCAGGCGUGGUCGCUGGCAUCGUCCUGAUCGGCUUGGCUCUUCUGCUCAUCUGGAAGCUGUUGAUGAUCAUCCACGACAGAAGGGAGUUUGCCAAGUUUGAGAAGGAGAAGAUGAACGCCAAAUGGGAUACGGGGGAAAAUCCGAUCUACAAAAGUGCCGUCACAACUGUGGUCAACCCCAAAUACGAAGGCAAAUGAAGCAAACUCUGCGAUAAAGUAUCCGACAGCUGCAGUAUUUACUUUUGGUUCGUGGUUGGACGGGAGCACAUGGUGGAAAAAUGUGCGUUUUUUGUUGUUUUCUCAUUACGAUGUAUCGUUGGGCCACUGCUUCUUUUAUUUUUACUAACACACAUGAUUUAUAUGUAUUUGUUGUAUUUUUAGAUGUACAGUAUACAGUCUGUGUAUAUACUUGGAAGUUGCAUAUUUGCAAAAGUUGAUGCAUUUUUUUUUCUGCCAAAGGACUGGUUUGGGCAGAGGAUUACGUUCUUUCUCAUUUUUAACAAGACAGUGUGGAUUUUAUGGAUAUGCAACAUGUGCAGGAGCUUCUUUGUUCUGACUUCCUGUAAGGUUCUCCUGAUCCAGACAGAACCUCAGUUCACUCGCCCAUCACGUUGUAUCUGUGUGUUUAGAAAACAUCUGCAAUAGGAACAAUUUUCAGCUUCAGUUGGACAGCUGUGGUAAAGCAGAUCAUGCAGAGAUUGUAAAUGUACUUUGAAUUUAGAAGAAGCCAGUGUACUUACUGAGUCUAUGUCUUGAAGGAGUUUAAACACAAGUUGAAGGCAAAUAUGAACUAUGAUUAUUUGUAUUGUUAAUAUACUGAUAAAAGGGACUGUUAACCACUGGUUAAAAUGACAAAAUUGUAGCGAUGAUGAACAAUCAAAGGAUUUUAAUGGUUACAGUUACGAUGUAUUAUUGAGAUUUUGUUUCUGCAGUUACUUUAAUCUCAGGUCCCCAUGUCGACAACACCAAAACUAUGUUUUCUGUCAGCUUCUUUGGUGACUUGUAAACACAUUUUUGUGUCUGUUACGUUUAAUGUUUUGUUUAAACGGUAAGACUGAAACAUGAGUAUUCAUUGAUGAAAUGUUUUCACACCCAAAUGCCUCAGAAAUGCCACACACACAAGCUUUUUUACAGUAUUGUUUUUAAAGUGCCUUUUAUUUCAGUAUCAUGCUCUUUAAAUGCUGUUUGAGAUAUUUAUUAAAUACAGAACAAAAACUG